AGUAAAUCAUUUAGUUCAACUUACGUCGCUGCCACAAAUAGUUCUAGACAUAAUUAAAAUAAUUUCAAAGAAACAAGAAUGGCUGCAGAUAUGAAAAUAAAAUAUCCAGAAGACAAACGAAAUGUGGACAAAGACCAAGCAGCGGAUGAAACAAAAAACAACAAAGCUGUACAAGCAAACACAGUACAAGCUGAUGAAGUGGAUUUUGAUGAUUUGCUAUCUUCUGCCGGGGAAUUCGGGAAGUACCAAAUCCUUCUAUUCUUUUCAACGUUCCCGUUUUACGUGUUCGGAGUAUUUGUCUACUACUCGCAACUGUUCAUGACGGAGGUAUCACCGAACCAUUGGUGCUGGAUUCCUGAACUAGAAAAUCUUACUGACAUCGAAAGAAGAUCUCUGGCUAUCCCACAAGAUGGCAGCACAAGGUUUGGAUAUUCUCAAUGCAAAGCAUACGCGGCCAACUGGAGCGAAGUAAUCAUGUAUGGAUUGAAACCAAACGAGUCCUGGAAAACGGUGCCAUGUCAACAAGGAUGGGAAUUCAACAAGAGUGAGAUACCAUACCCUACUAUAUCAAGUGAGUUGGGAUGGGUGUGCGACAAGGACAGCUAUCAAGCAACUGCGCAGACGUUCUUCUUCGUGGGAUCAAUUCUUGGAGGAUUCGUAAUAGGAUGGGUCUCGGAUCGCUUCGGAAGAUUACCAGCAGCUGUGAUUAGUAACAUAGUUGGAUGUAUCGGAGGUGUUCUCAGUACUUUUACUACGAAUCUCACUGAAUUUGCUGUGUGCAGAUUUGUUAUGGGCAUGGCUUAUGACAAUUGUAUGAUGAUGGCUUAUCUUAUUGCCUUAGAAUACGUGGCGCCAAAGUAUAGAACUAUAAUGUCGAACAUGUCAUUUGCUCUCUUUUAUGCGUUCGCUGUCACGACCUUACCGUGGUUGGUGCUUGCAUGCGGACAUUGGAAAACUGUCUCUCUAGUCACAAGCUUGCCUUUAGCUUCAGCAGUAUUGGCUCUAUUCUUCUUGCCAGAAAGCCCCAGAUGGUUAUUAGCUAGAGGGCGGAUAGAUGAAACUAUACAAAAACUUUUGACGAUCGGACGAGUCAAUAAGAAAGAUAUUCCGUCAAAGUUGGUUGAAAAAUUUAGACUCUCAGCGAGCAAUAGAAAGCAGGAAGAGACGGCUAGUAGUUUAGAGCUACUGAAGAGGCCAACGCUGAGAAGGAUUUUUAUAUGUAUGUGUAUAGAAUACAUGUGUUGCACUAUGGUGUUUGACGGACUAGUAAGAAGCCUUGGGCAGUUGGAUUUCGACUUCUUCGUGUCAUUCUCCGUGGUGUCUUUCACUGAGUUCCCAUCAAUGCUCGUCACGGCAUUCAUCAUGGAUUGGAUGGGAAGAAGAUGGUUGACGGCCAUUGUGAUGACAAUUAGCUGUAUAUUUUCUGUACUGACAGUCUUUAUGAGCGGUAUUACCUCUGUGAUAUUCGCAGUCAUAGCGAGGUUUUGUGUGAACAUGGCGUACAGUUGUGCUAUGCAGUGGGCUGUGGAAAUGUUGCCUACGUCUGUGAGAGGAUCUGGAGCUUCUAUAGUGCACAUCUGCGGGUAUGUGGCUACUGCUUUAACUCCUUAUGUCAUUUAUUUGGAGACAUACAUCCACUGGCUACCGUUAGUGGUCGUUGGAGCGAUCGCAGGGUUGGGUGCAAUAAUUGCUUUCACGUUACCUGAAACUGCGAAGAAGGAUAUGCCUCAAACGUUCGAAGAAGCUGAAGAUUUGGCUACGUCACAGAAGUUUUGGGAGUUUCCUUGUCUAAAAAAGCCUCCUCAGACUGAAGGUCAAACCAACGACAGCUUUGAAAUAUAAUUCUAUUGAAUCGUAAA